GUGCCGGCGGGAGGUGCCGGGACUCCCCCCGCCCCAGCUCGGGUACCACGAGCGGGGCCGGGCAGCAUCUCCUGCAUCCUCCCGCAUCCCUGAGCACGGGCCGUGCCGGGCCGCCGUCCGUCGGCGGGGGAGAGGCCCUGCACGGGCCCGGGCACCGCUGACCUCCGGGCUCGGAACCUCCCCGCGGCCUCGGGAGCCGUGCUGCGGGGAAUUCAGCUCGGCCUGUCCCGCUCGGCCUGUCCCGCUCGGCCUCAGAGCCGCCGAUGGAGACGCUGGAUGGACCGACUGACAGCAAACAGCACGCGUGGGCCCUUCCCGGAGCCGAACACGCAGCGCCAGCACCGCCGGAUGAGCUGUGGGAAGUCCUGGCGUGGGUUUGAAGCGAGGCCAGGCUGCCUGCUGUGAUUUUGGGGGCCCCGCUCCCUCUCCUGAGCGGUGCCAGCAGCUCGCGGAUGCCGAGAGCCGUCCCUUGGGAUGUUCUCCCUUGAGCUCCAAGCAGCAGCCAUCGACCUGGACGGGCCCGGCGGGGUUUUUUUCGGGGCCGUUGGGAAGGAGCUCCUGUUGCUGGAGCUCUGCUGGGGCAGAUGAGCGACACGGUGAUGAACGGCAGGGUGCCCCUGCCCGAGAAAGCCUUGUCCGAGGGCUACGCCCGCCUGAGGUACCGGGACACCUCCCUGCUCAUCUGGCAGCAGCAGCAGCAGAAACUGGAGUCAGCUCCCCCCAACACCUACCUGAGCCGCAGCAGGAGCAUGUGGUACUCGCAGUACGGCAACGAAGCCAUCCUGGUGCGGGACAAAAACAAGCUGGAUGUCUCCAGGGACACGGGGCAGUCCAAGUUUUGCUCCGUGAUGUAAUUCCCCGCGGGAAUCGCCGCGUGGAGAGGAAGCAGAGCUGGGGGAGGUGGGGGUGUGCGCGGGAAGCGGCGUUUCCAGGAGGGGCCGGGGAGGAUGAAGUGGGGUUGUUUCUGUUUGGUUUCGCCCGUUUCCAGACUCCCAUCCUGCGUGUCGCUGAGCGUGUACAACAAACCCGCUCUCGCUGGGGAGCUCUCGAGCCUGGUGCUGCCCAGCAUCUUGGCUGUGCUGGGCCGUGUGUUGCUUGUAAGUGGCUCUCGUGCCCUGAGAAACACCCGCUGGCACUUGGGCACCGUCCCCAGCCACCCUCCCUGGCCAGUCCUGGUGCAUUUCCAGAGCUCUGGGAAUGCUGGUGGGACAGAGGCCAGCACAGGUCUCUGCCCAUCAAGGCUGUGGUUUUAAGGUGUUGAUCUCCAAACCCAUCUGGCCGUUACUUCGUUCUGUUUGCCCCGUCUCCCUUUAAUUGCUGCCCUGGAGUGGUCUCCUCCAGCCAGGGAAUGGAGCGGUUUAUUGUGGGAACAGGCGGAGGAUGUGUUGAGAAUUUAAUCCGAGCCUUCAGAGCACCGGGUAGGAAAGGUGUGCUGGGGUUUUGUGCAAAGCAAGGGGCCCUCUCUGAUCCCACAGUGCGGGAGCAUGGAAAUUACAGGAGCUCUGGAGUCAGGGGAGCUGAUUCCUUUCACACAGAUCCCUGCCCCAGCCUCAGGAACCGCCUGAAAGGGAGGGACAGGCCCAGGAAAGCAACAGCAGGAAACCCCUGUAAAUACACGCAUAUCCUGAGGGGCACGGGGAAACUCCUGCACGGCACAGAGCCACUCCUGAGGUGGGGCACAGAAGGAAAGAGGCCGCUUUGGAGUUUGCUUUGCAUUCAAGUUUUUAACGCAUGCAGUAGCUUUGGAAGGGUUUAACUUCUAGUUCAGGUUGGAUUGUAGGUUUGGUGCAUGUAUUUUAGAAGUCGUGUCUGGGAUUUUUUUGGAUUAACUGGAGGAUUUUAGGAAGGAGAAGCACUGCCCUGCUUGGGCACAGAGGCUGCUGCUCGCAGGUUUCAGUUUCUGUUGAAUCCUGACUUGCUCGAGGCAAGGUCACGCUGAGAAACUCAGCCCAGCAACGAGCACCUGAAUCUUUGUUAAAAACGAAACUACCACUUCCAGGGGUGUGAAUUAUGUGCCCAGGGUUCAGCAUGAAAGUUCUUCUUCAGGGCUCUGCCCUUUCUGUCCUGCCUGGGCCCUGUGUCCAACCCAGCAGUGCCUGGGCACAGGCUUAGCUCCAGGCAAAUCAGCAUUUGAUGUCAGCUUCAGGAUGGAUUAUUUACUUGCCUAUUAUUAGGCACAGUCGUUACUUCUGUUCUAUUUAUCUACAACCUCCUUUGCAUUUUUUUCCCUAAGCACUUUAUUUAUUUAAUUUUUUUUUUUUUUUUUUUUAAAUUACAGUGAAGAAUCUCUUCCACCUCUCCCGUGAGUGGGUGAAAUGCUACAACCAACACACGGGCACUCAGCCUUGCUGAACUCAAUGUACUGAGCACAACACACCUGUUGCAGAGUGAAAUCAUAGAGCUUUGGUGUACCCAGCCCUGCUCCAUAGCACUGCAAACCACAGGCAGCUCGCUGGUUUUUUAAAAGCACUAUUUUCUGCAUGUGUUGGUGUGUGAUACCUCGUGUGUGUGUGUGCUCGUAGAUUUAAACCUGCUGGACCUCGCUGCUUUGCAGACCCGUGCAUUGCUCUGCACACAAAUCACCCUCUUGGUUUUGUCGGGACUAGCUCUGGAGGAGAAGCAGUUCAGUGAAUAAAUGCUUUUCAGCCGGGUGAAGGCGUUCAGUGAGGUUCACAAAGCCAGCGAGGCUCGGCAGGGUGCCGGGGGAGCAUUGCCAGGGAUGUGUGACCCACCUGGGCCUCCAGUUCUUGGCUGAGUGAACAGGAGAUUAUUUACUCAAACAGGCAGGAGGCUGGGCCCAGAGCUGCCCUGGGAACUGCGGGAGAGGUGGGUUCCAGGCCAGCCCUGGGCAGCACGUGAACUCUGGGAGUUUAAGGAACAGCACAUCCCCCAAACCAGCUGUUCGUUUUCUUUUCUUAUAGAAAAAAAAAGAAACCCAACGCUUAUUUUCUUUUUUAAUUUCAGUAAGGAAGAUGCUUAUUUUGGGUAUAAUCACUCUCUUUUUGUUAACGUGGCUGGUAAACCAAAAUUCAGUUAUUUUGCAGAGUGUUGAUUGGACUGUACAAGACUAAACCCGUAAGAAUGUGCAUAAAUUCUUCCAGGAUGGAGGCUGGAUGUGACAGCGCAGGAAGAAGAGGAUGAGUUGUCCUUCCAUCUCUGUGAACGUGACUGUAGUUCUCCAUUUCUGUGUGUCCCUGGUCACAGCAGGGUUGUGGAGUGGCUGCUGUGGCUGUUCCUGUGAGCCAGCUGUGUGGUGGUGAUGCGCUUGUUUCAAGCUCUGUUGUAGCCUCUUUGAUAAAGUGCAUUAAAACGGUUUGAAUGCA